AUGAAGGGUCAAAACGACCUCUCCGAGCCAGGUGCCCAGCCAUGGGGAAAAAGAAAAAAGAAAAACGAGAGCUUCUGGGCCACCGUCUCGCCUAUCUCCCCGUCCCCAAUUCCCCCCGGAUCGGCUGUUGAUAGCCCAGCAUCAGACAAGAUGGACUACGACGCGUUGAAAGACCAGUGGAGCGAUGUCGAAGACCGCGAUGGCGUCAGGCUCAGCUGGAAUACGUUUCCCAGCACUCGCAUGGAGGCAUCCCGCUUAGUUGUCCCCAUCGGAGCUAUGUACACUCCGCUCAAGGAGAAGCCAGACGCGCCGCUACUCCAGUAUGAGCCAGUGACGUGCAAACAGCCUUGCAAAGCGGUUCUGAAUCCCUAUGCCAAUGUUGAUGUCCGUGCUCGGAUCUGGAUAUGCCCCUUCUGUCUCAUGCGCAACCCGCUCCCUCCUCAUUACAAAGAUAUCACGGAGAAUGCUAUUCCUCCGGAGCUUCACCCGCAGAGCACGACGAUCGAGUACCGAUUGGCGCGUCCGGCUCCAGCUCCGCCGAUCUUUCUCUUUGUCGUAGAUACCUGCCAGGAUGAGGACAGCCUCAAGUCCCUGAAGGAUUCCCUCAUUAUGAGCUUGUCCCUGCUGCCGCCGACUGCGCUGGUUGGUUUAAUCACAUAUGGCACCAUGGCUCAAGUUCACGAACUCGGUUACACCGAGUGUGCCAAGUCUUACGUCUUCCGAGGAAACAAGGACUACCCCGCGAAGCAGGUGCAAGAGAUGCUCGGUCUUCUCCCCCCUGGCUUGCGUCAGGGUGCUCCGCCGCCUCAAACUGGGCGCCCUCCAGCGCCUCCUGCAGCGCGAUUCCUCCUCCCGGUCCAGCAGGCUGAAUUCCAGAUCACCAAUGUGCUGGAGCAGCUGCAGCGCGACCCUUGGCCUGUUGCGAACGACAAGCGACCUCUUAGAUGUACGGGUGUUGCCAUUAGUGUUGCUGUUGGUCUGCUGGAAACAUCUUUCCAGAAUGCUGGUGGACGUAUCAUGCUCUUUACGGGCGGGCCGGCUACUGAAGGCCCAGGCCUUGUUGUUGGGCCUGAACUGAAAGAACCUAUUCGAUCUCACCAUGACAUCGAUAGAGACAACAUCAAAUACUACAAGAAAGCGGUGAAGUUCUACGACAACCUUGCUAAGCGCGCUGCGCACAAUGGACACGUCGUCGACAUCUUUGCUGGCUGUCUGGACCAAGUCGGUCUUUUGGAAAUGAAGAAUUUGGCGAACUUCACAGGCGGUCACAUGGUCCUGACUGACAGCUUCACCUCGUCCCAAUUCAAACAGUCUUUUGUCAGAGUCUUUGACAAGGACGAAAAUGAUAACCUGUUGAUGGGCUUCAAUGCCUCUCUGGAGGUCCUCACUACCAAGGAGCUCAAGGUCACUGGUCUCAUUGGCCAUGCAAUCUCCCUCAAUAAGAAAUCGAGCAGCGUCGGCGAGACCGAGUGCGGCAUCGGCAACACGUGCGCUUGGAAGAUGUGCGGGAUUGACCCCCAGUCGAGCUAUGGCAUUUACUUCGAGAUCGCAAAUCAGGGUGGACCAGCACCGAUGCAGCAGGGUCCUCAGCGGGGAAUGAUUCAGUUCCUCACAUAUUACCAGCACUCCUCCGGCCAGUACCAUCUCCGAGUCACUACCAUUGCUCGUAACCUGAGUGGCCCGGCGGGUGAUCCAGCUAUUGCACAGUCCUUUGACCAGGAGGCUGCUGCCGUUUUGAUGUCGCGCAUCGCUGUUUUCAAGGCCGAGGUGGAUGACGGCCCCGACGUGCUCCGAUGGGUCGACCGGAUGCUGAUCAGGCUCUGCUCUCGUUUUGCGGACUACCGAAAGGAUGAUCCCACAUCCUUCCGCCUGGAGAAGAACUUUACUCUUUACCCGCAAUUUAUGUUCCAUCUUCGCCGAAGCCAGUUUUUGCAGGUCUUUAACAACUCACCUGAUGAAACUGCAUUCUAUCGACAUGUGCUCAAUCAUGAAGACGUCGGCAAUUCUUUGAUUAUGAUCCAGCCUACGCUCGACUCAUACUCCCUUGAGCAUGAAGGAAGCCAACCGGUACUCCUGGACUCUGCCUCAAUCCAGCCGACUCACGUUCUUCUCCUCGACACCUUCUUCCACAUCCUCAUUUUCCAUGGAGAGACUAUAGCCGAAUGGAGAAAGGCCGGAUACCAGGACCAAGAAGGUUACGAAAACUUCCGGGCUCUCCUGGAGCAACCCAAGGAGGAUGCAAAAGAACUCAUUGCCGAUCGUUUCCCGCUUCCCCGUUUCAUCAUUUGCGACGCCGGUGGCUCACAGGCACGGUUCCUGCUUUCGAAGCUCAACCCGUCUACGACUCACUCGACUGGAGGUUACGGUGGAGGUGUGACGGCGCAGACCAUCUUCACGGAUGAUGUCUCAUUGCAGACAUUUAUGGAACACUUGAUGAAGCUUGCCGUUUCGGGAACCAACUAA